UCCCCCCGCCGCACCCUCUUCCACCCACCCGGCCUCGGCGGUGCCGAUGGAGGCGGCGGAUGGCUGCGGCCUGGGCAGCGGGGCCGGGCGGGAGGCGCCCGCCGUGCGAUGAGGAGAGAAAAUAGAAAAAAUCCGGACCAGAACCCCCCUACACCAUGCAAGCAAACUGCAGUCACCUCCACAGCAUCCCAGGGAGUGAUGACUCUUCUCAGAGCACCCAUGCAGCGAGGCUGUCAGGAGACACCUCAUGCCACCACAGCGGAGAUGUCCACAUCCAGCUGAACUCUGCCACAGGAGAAGCCAGAGACCAUGCGAGCUCCCAGCACUCACGGCAGGGCCCCCAAAGUCGCUCCCAUGGACAUGCCCACAGAGAAGCAGGGGGGCUGGAUGACUCCACUCCAGACUCAGAGGAACACGGUGGCAGCUCCCUCUCAGAGCUCAGAUACCUCCUGCAGUGGCUGCACAAAAGCCUGCCCUAUAUCUUGAUUCUCUGUGUCAAACUGGUCAUGCAGCAUAUAAUUGGCAUUUCUCUUGGAAUUGGGCUGCUAACAACUUAUAUGUAUGCAAACAAAAGCAUAGUAAAUCAGGUUUUUCUAAGAGAACGGUGCUCCAAGUUGCAGUGUGCUUGGUUACUGGUGUACCUAACUGGAUCAUCACUCCUCUUGUAUUACACUUUCCAUUCUCAGUCACUCUAUUACAGCUUAAUCUUCUUAAAGCCUACUGUGGAUUUUAUGGACUUGUGGGAGGUACUUUGGAUUGUGGGAAUCACAGACUUUAUUCUGAAAUUCCUCUUCAUGGGCUUCAAGUGCUUUAUUCUCUUGGUGCCUUCUUUUAUGAUGUCCUUUAAAUCAAAGGGCUACUGGUACAUGCUGUUAGAAGAACUCUGCCAGUAUUACCGUAUGUUUGUCCCCAUACCAGUUUGGUUCCGUUAUCUUAUUGGCAAAGGGGAGCUGGACAGUGUACUAGGAUGGACUCUUGGGAUACUGCUGGGCCUUCUCUACCUCAUCCUGAAAAUUUUGAGCUUUUUUGGACAACUGAGAAGCUUCAGACAGGUCUUACGGAUAUUUUGUACGCGACCACACUAUGGGGUGACAGCUAGCAAGAGACAGUGUUCUGAGUCAGAUGAUAUUUGUUCUAUCUGCCAAGCUGAGUUUCAGAAGCCUAUUCUGCUUAUCUGCCAGCACACAUUUUGUGAAGAAUGCAUCUCUUUAUGGUUUAAUAGAGAAAAAACGUGUCCACUCUGCAAAACUGUUAUUUCAGACCAUGUUAACAAGUGGAAGGAUGGAGCCACAUCUAUGCAUCUACAGAUUUUCUAAAGCAUGUCAACUUGGUUUACAGUUCGCUCAAGUUGAGGUUUUGCAGUUUACUGCAGGUGUAGGUGGCACAAGGAAAGAAUUUCCAAAUUUGAGAUAAAAUGCUUCUGUGAAAUGUUUCCCUAUUUUAAAUGGUGCAGAAAAUGUUAACUUGACCUUCUUAAAUAGUUUUCAGGGUGAAUGCAGAAAAGCCAGCACUGCUUCUUGUCAGGUCCUUGAACAAUGCUGCAUUACUUCCUGCAGCAGGUUCUUAACGGUUUAUUUAAACUUUAAGUAGAGUUCCAGGCUAUACUAAAUUGUCUUGAUCCUUUUAACAUGACUCAACCCAAAAGGUGGACCUACCAUUUUAUUAAGGUUAUGAGCAAAUCUUAUACUCUGGAGUGCAGUGAGAAUUAGAGCUGCCUGUCACCUGGCAUUCAACAUGCUUGCCCAGGAGAUGAGUACAAACAGGUUCCUAUUCAUGUACCUGUAACAGCAACUACUUCUCACUGUACCUAGAGAUAAGCCACAAGAGGAAGAGAAUUCUCCCUCAGGUUCUUGUAGACUUCUAAUGGAUCUUUGGCUUAACACCUAAAUCAACCACUGAUCAUAGUUUUAUACUUAGCAUUUUGUAACACUGAUAUUUUUAAACCAAACCUUUAAUACUCUAUUUUUGUCAUAUAAGGAACCAGAUUUUCUUAAAGGAGAGAAUCUAUUUUAUAUUAUAUCUGCAAUUUGUAGUAUGCAUAAAAACCAGAGAGAAUAAAUGGAAUGGAUUUAAAUCUUGUUUGGUGCAUGUUGAAUAAAGCAACAAUGUUCA